AUGUUUCUGGUUGUGUUUCUAACAGACGCAGAAAGUGAUCGCGUACAGGGAAAAAACAGAGCAGUGCUUUUUCAGUCAACGUCUUGGUUUAGCCACGACAUAAAUGUCAGCUGCUUCAACAACAGAGAGAAAGUUUGUAUUUCGUAUGGACUCUGCGCUCUGUCUGCAAUUUUGUCAGUCGUCGCAUGUUUGCUUCUGAUAUACCAGAGAUGCUGUUUGAGAAAGCAAAUUACGGCCGACGCUGCCACCUGCGCCGCUUAUUGUUUCCUUGGCAAUUUGUGCCAUAGUUUUGGAGCGUUUCUUUCCAAGCAGUUGGCUUUUCAGGUCAUAAUGGGUGCGUUUUGGGCUGCUUUGGAUGUGGUUACUUUCUUAGCUGUCUUGCUCCCUGUGUGUUUGUUCUUUCACUCGAAAAAAGGCGAGAGGAUGAUGAUGAUGAAGAGGAGGAGGAGACAGAACCUGUUGAGUGUGUGUCUCCUGCUAAUCAUGGCUGGAGGGGGGAUUCACCUGACUGUCAGGAGUGACGUCCACCCAGACACAACCCCAAGCAGGAGAAGACUUUUAGGGGCUUUUGUUAACGACAGACUGGAACUCCUGGGCUACAUCCUCGGUCUGCUCAGUUUUGUGAUCAGCUGGACUUCACGCUUUCCAGCUAUUUUGAAAGCUUUCAACGGAAAGCGAAGAGGAACAGUCCAUGCUGUUGUUGGGAUUCUGUAUGCUGUGGCUGGUGCCCUUUAUACCACAGCCAUCUUGGUCCAUGACACAAGACUUGCAUUCGUGAUCAAAGCCCUGCCAUGGAUUAUGUCUUCAGUCUGUUGGGGAGUCUUGGAACUCCUUAUCCUGGUCUUCUCCCUCAGCAGAGACCGAUGUGUCCGUCAUCAGACUGUGAGAUCUCUCAGCUCAGACCAAGUGGCCUUGUUAGGGGCCACCUCUGUCGGAGGUAACCACACAGGGAAAGCACACAGGAAACUCCAGGACAAAGAGGGUGCGUCUCCACUUUCCCCAACCGCUAACAGGAAUCUCCAUAAGAGGACAGACAUGGGGCGCUACAUGGAUGUCAACAUUCCGGUUGUACGCAAGGUGUGUCUGAAGGAAGUGCGGAUCUCCAAUGGGGGUCAGUCUAAGACUGAGACUAUGAAGACCACUGUGAAGGUGCUGAGAGUUGAUGAAACCUGUUCCUCAGGCAGCUCUUCAGAUUCUGACCUAGAGUGGGAUUUUGAGGAGGCGGCGUCAGUGCAGUGGUGCAAGGUUUCACAGGAGAAGGAUGGUGGAGAAGCUUUUCAGCUGCAGCAGUAGAUGGUGACGCCGAGCCUGAAAACCAGCACCCAGUCAGGCGCUCACUUCUGCUAUUGUGACAAGGGUCUGGCCAACAAGAUGGCUGCUGAUGGACCGACUGACUGUCAUAAGACCACAUCUCUGCUCUGAGAAAUGACUGCAGAGCUCUUGCUGACCAACACAGCAGUUUAUGACCAAGCACGGUAUCUAACGUCAGCAGAAAACCGCCUUGGAUUGUCACAUUAUCACAUUACAUAAUAAAACCAAUCACAAUCAGUUUUCGAAU